AUAAUAGGAAGUACAUGCUGUAUCUCUGUUAAAGAGGCACUCGAACAGACACGUCGACCAUUCAAAGCAACAACAUGGUUGAAUUCAAAUGGAUUAAAAUGUCUUUAUUUCUGAUUGUGCUGCUUCAGUUUAGAGCAGCAGUAACAGGACAAGAUUCCUACAUCAUUGUCAGAGAUGGAGGUAGCGUCACUUUGCCUUGUAAAAAUGUGAUAAAAGGUCACGAUAGAUGUGACAGCACUACCUGGUUGUACAGUGAAAUAGAAAGGUCACCACUAGUAGAGCUGAUUAACCUUGGAAAUAUUACUAACGAUGCCAAAGCUAAAUCAGACAGACUGAGUGUUAGAGCGGACUGUUCUCUGGUUAUAAAGAACGUCACAGUUAAGGAUGCUGGUCAGUACACCUGCAGACAGUUCGACAGAUCAGGACGACAACAAGGUCCAGACUCUGAGGUUGAUCUGUCUGUUAUUAGCAUUCAUGAACACAAUGAUGCUGAUAAGGUGACAUUAUCCUGCUCUGUGUUGAAAUAUGGACGAUGUCAACACACAGUGGACUGGCUGUAUGAGGGUAUUACAGAUAAACUGGAUAAAACAACAGCUUCCUGCUUUGCCAAAGUGACCUUUAAGACUGGCAGUGUUGAUGAGAAGUUAUUUAAGUGUAAACUGACUGAACGUAACGGUGAGACACGGCUGUGUAACUUCAUCCCUCGGACCUCAUGUAAGAAACAGGGCAAAUCAGCGGACACAGAAAACACGACAAGAGUGGACAACAACAACACGUCUGCAAACAAGGAUGAUGAUGAUGAUGAUGAUCAAGGAAAACGACUCGAGUGGUGGUGGUUCCUUCUAGUGGCGGUGGGUUUACUCAUCCUCUUAAUAAUUGUCGUGGUAGUCGUAAGACGGAGGAGGAAACCUAAAGGGAAGAAAACAAAGAUGGAUGACGGCACUGUCGAUGCUGGAGAUGUUUCCUACGCCUCCGUCAGCUACAUCAAGAAGAAUGACAGCAAACCUCGGGUUCAGACUCACGAUGAUGAUGAUGAUGAUGAUGAAGGUGCUGCAGUGACCUACAGCACUGUGAAAAUUUCCUCCUCUUCUGCCGGAGCCUCCACUGAUCCCAACACCAUCUACGCUACUGUCAACAAACCCAGCCAAUAAGAGACCACAGUAUAGUAACAGUCCAUAUCAGUACCAUAGAUUUCAUUAGAGUUGUACUUUACUGUGUUAUUGAUGUGUAUUGAUCCCCAUGGAAACAAAUAGUGCAGUCCUAAUCCUAGAGAGCAUUUAUAUUAAUUUAUAUGCUUGUAUAUAGUCAUGAUGCUGUAAACCCAGUUAUGCUGUUUAAUUUCUUCUAUGAACACGUGACCUCUGUUUCCCUCUUAUAAUUAUUUAAAUAAUCAUUUUUCCAGGCAGUAUUGUUACU